AGGAAAUGACGAAAAGUCCGUCACUGUGAACUUGAGGCGAACAUUUCUGCUUGGUGGAUAGAGACUAGGAUAUUGAAGGAGGAGAGAUCUUUCCGGCCAAUGGCUUCCGCUUCUAUGAUCAAUUCCUUGAUUUCUCCUCUCUGCAACUCCGGCGCAAAAUCGGAGGUCUUCUUUUUGAAUUCUUCGCCGAAUUCUAGAUGCCAGACUCUUGGACGCAUUCCGUCUCUGAAAUCGAAGAAGAGCAAUUUGUUUGGGACAGUCUCUUCCUCUUCUGUCUCUGUUGUUUGCAAGGCGGUAUCUGCUAAGCCGGAAACUGAGAUUGACGGCCUCAACAUCGCCAAAGAUGUAACUCAGCUGAUAGGUAAGACACCCAUGGUUUACCUGAACAAUAUCGUGAAGGGAUCUGUAGCAAACAUUGCUGCUAAGCUUGAAAUAAUGGAACCAUGUUGUAGUGUUAAGGACAGGAUAGGUUAUAGUAUGAUAUCUGAUGCUGAGCAGAAAGGACUUAUUUCACCAGGAAAGAGUAUUUUGGUUGAGCCUACCAGUGGAAACACAGGAAUUGGUCUUGCGUUUAUUGCUGCUUCAAAGGGAUACAAACUAAUAUUGACAAUGCCAUCAUCAAUGAGUAUGGAGAGGAGAGUUCUUUUAAAAGCAUUUGGAGCCGAACUUGUAUUAACUGAUGCAGCUAAAGGCAUGAAGGGAGCAGUUCAGAAAGCUGAAGAAAUUUUAAAAAAGACACCUAAUUCUUACAUGCUUCAACAAUUUGACAAUUCCGCUAACCCUAAGGUACACUUUGAGACAACUGGACCCGAGAUAUGGGAAGACACAAGUGGCAAGGUGGAUAUUUUUGUUGCGGGAAUUGGAACAGGUGGAACAAUUUCUGGUGUUGGCCGGUUCUUGAAACAGAAAAAUCCAAAAAUUAAGGUUAUUGGUAUUGAACCUACAGAAAGUAACAUACUUUCUGGAGGAAAGCCUGGUCCUCAUAAAAUUCAGGGCAUUGGAGCUGGUUUUGUACCAAAGAAUUUGGACGAAGGUGUAGUUGAUGAAAUCAUAGAGAUAUCCAGUGAAGAAGCUAUUGAGACGGCGAAACAAUUGGCGUUGCAGGAAGGCUUACUGGUGGGCAUUUCGUCUGGAGCAGCAGCAGCUGCUGCAUUGAAAGUGGGAAAAAGAUCUGAGAAUGCUGGAAAGCUUAUUGCGGUUGUAUUCCCUAGCUUUGGUGAACGAUAUCUAUCCUCGGUCCUUUUCCAAUCAAUCCGAGAAGAAUGUGAAAACAUGCAACCUGAGCCAUGAAGUACCUUUCUUUUGAGGAAUCUAGUGACAAGAAGGCUUUAGUUAGUUGUCAUUAUUUUUUAUAAUGCAGCACCUUGGUACUCCUCCAUUAGCACUACUGUUCUAUAUGCUUCAAUUGGAACUCGGUAUGCAUAAACAGAUGCAAACACCUUCUAGUUUUUGUUUUUCCCUUUGUUUUACGCCAAUUGUCCAUUUCUUUGUCAUUGGUUCCCCAUGGAAUCGUUUGAGGUUUCUGUAUGAAAGGUGAAAGCCUGAAUAUUUUAUGGCUUUACCAUAGUUCCAACUUGCAGAUAAAUAAAUUAGACAAUGGUGGUGUUCCUAUUUCCCUU